AUGUCAGAGCAAACGGUGCUGGGAGUGACCUGCACCAUCGCAGAGCCCGGUCACAGUAGGACUGCCCAGGACCCAGCAGAUGCCAGGAGCCCACCGCCGGGGCCCUCGGUGCUGAGCAAGGCUGAUGCCUCAGGCUGCUGUGGGACCCUUCGAGGGAGCCGUGUGCCCACCCCCCUGCCCAAGACAGCACUUCUGCCGGCAAACGAGGCCGAGGAGGUCCUGCUGCAGGCCCAGGCCCAGAGUCCGCUGUUCCCAGCGCCGCCCCUAGAGGGCGCCACCUCCCUGCGGGCGAGUUCAACUCCCCUGCGCGCCGCCUCCUCGCGGCCACCAGGGGGCAGCACGCCCCGAAGCCGAGUCCGCCAUGGAAGCGCGCAGGCUGGGGAGCCGCGCCCACCGCCUCGCCCACCACCUCGCCCGGGCUGCGUGGCCCGUGCACACCUGGGCCCUUGGCACGUUCUCCAGCCCCUGAGCCUAAAGCGGCUCCGAAAGGAGGGAGGCGCGGUGGCCUGGCGACGUCUGCGCGGACGGGACGGUGACGUUGGUCCUCGGCGAGAAUCCGGAGAAGCUGCGGGGGUGGCGGCGAGCCCUCCGGGCCGCUCCUCUGGCCUUGGGAGGGGUCGGGUGGAGACCCGCAGACCAGAGCCCUCUGUGGACCCGGGUCCGGAGCAGACCCAGGCCCCUGUGGCCCCGACAGCCCUUGAAGGCUUGGCAGAGGUCCCAGGGGACAAUGUAGAGUGGCUCAGCCCCCCGACUCCCCAGCCCCCUGACUCCCUGGCCUACAGCCCCCCGACUCCCCGGCCUACGGCCCCCCGACUCCCCUUCCCCCCGGCCUACGGCCCCCCAGCUCCCUGGCCCCCCGACUCCCCUGCCUAUGGCUCCCCGACUCCCCGGCCCCCCCGACUCCCCCGCCUACGGUCCCCCGGCUCCCCGACUCCCUGGCCUACGGUCCCCCGAUUCCCCGACCUCCCGACUCCCCGGCCUAUGGCUCCCCAACUCCCCGGCCUACGGCUCCCCGGCCCCCCCGACUUCCUGGCCUACGGUCCCCCGACUCCCCGGCCCCCCGGCCUACGGUCCCCCGACUCCCCGGCCCCCCGGCCUACGGUCCCCCGAUUCCCCGGCCCCCCCCCCGGCUCCCCGGCCCCCCGACUCCCCGACCUACGGCCCCCUGACUCCCCGGCCUACGGUCCCCCGAUUCCCCGGCCCCCCCCCGACUCCCCGGCUCCCCGACUUCCUGGCCUACGGUCCCCCGAUUUCCCGGCCCCCCGACUCCCCGGCCUACGGCCCCCCGACUCCCUGACCUACUGUCCCCCGAUUCCCCGGCCCCCCGACUCCCCGCCCUACGGCCCCCCGACUCCCCGGCCCCCCGGCCUACGGUCCCCCGAUUCCCCGGCCCCCCGGCUCCCGGGCCCCCCGACUCCCCGGCCUACGGCCCCCGACUCCCUGGCCUACGGUCCCCCGAUUCCCCGGCCCCCCCGGCUCCCGGGCCCCCGACUCCCCGGCCUACGGCCCCCGACUCCCUGGCCUAUGGCCCCCUGA